AUGGAGACGGACUACGUCGCUGAGUUCCCUCAUAAUCACAUGGAUCGUCGUCCCAGAAAGAGACCUAGAUUCGCUUGGGAUUUCCCUCAAGCUCACCCCAAGGCGCAGUCAGGAUUGUAUUUUGGACAAGAUGUUGGAAAUGGGACGAGCAUGGGACCUUCAAGAGUACUACUCACAGACCAUUCCGGUUUAUAUUUAAAAGGAUUGGCUCAAAAAGGCUCUCCCCCAUGGCGAGAUGAUGACAAAGAUGGACAUUACAUGUUUGCUCUUGGAGAGAAUUUAACACCUCGCUAUAAGAUCCAUAGGAAAAUUGGCGAAGGAACCUUUGGUCAGGUUUUGGAAUGCUGGGAUAGGGAAACAAGAGAGAUGGUCGCCGUAAAAGUUGUGAGAAGUAUAAAAAAAUACCGGGAGGCAGCAAUGUCCGAAAUUGAUGCGCUCCAGUUGCUUGGAAAGUAUGAUAGAAAUGGAAGCCGUUGUGUACAAAUAAGAAACUGGUUUGACUACCGGAACCAUAUAUGCAUUGUCUUUGAGAUGCUUGGACCAAGCAUAUACGAUUUUCUUCGUAAAAAUAGUUAUCGACCAUUUCCAGUUGACCUUGUCCGUGAGCUUGGCAGACAACUCUUGGAAUGUGUAGCAUUUAUGCAUGACUUGCGGCUUGUCCAUACCGAUCUGAAGCCAGAGAAUAUACUCUUUGUUUCUCCAGAUUAUGUGAAAAUUCCUGACUACAAGGUUCCAGUACAUUCAUUUAGUGAGGCAGCCUGUUACAAGAGGUUGCCGAAGUCUAGUGCCAUUAAGGUCAUUGAUUUUGGCAGCACGGCUGAUGGCCAUAAGCAUCACAACUAUAUUGUUUCCACCAGACAUUACCGUGCGCCCGAGGUUAUCCUCGGCCUUGGUUGGAGUUACUCUUGUGACAUAUGGAGUGUCGGAUGUAUAUUGGUAGAACUAUGCACAGGGGAAGCAUUGUUCCAGACCCACGAUAACUUGGAGCAUUUAGCCAUGAUGGAAAGAGUGUUAGGUUCAUUGCCUCAGCAGAUGUUGAAAAGAGUGGAUCGACACGCUGAGAAGUACGUGAGAAGAGGUAGAUUGGAUUGGCCUGACAAUGCAACCUCGCGUGACAGCAUUAAAGCGGUCAUGAAGCUGCCUCGUCUUCAGAAUCUAGUAAUGCAACACGUGGAUCACUCGGCGGGCGACAUCAUCGAUCUCUUGCAAGGUCUCCUUCGCUACGACCCUUCAACCAGGCUAACGGCUCACAGCGCCCUCGGGCACCCUUUCUUCUCACGGGACCUUUACAGGAGACUUUGA